GCCCUCACGCUCCCGGCCCCGUGUGCUGUGCGCGGGGAGCGGGCCCGGCCUUGGCCCGGGGCCCCGGCCCGCCGUGAGGGCCCGCAGUGACGGCGCUUAUCUCCCGCCUGACGGGGCAGAAUCCUUCAGCACCGCGUACUUAAGGCCGGGCACGGCGGGGCCGGGCCAGAGCAGCGAUCGGUGCGGACGGACGGACACCGGGACAGCGCGGACAUCCCUGAGGGCACCGCCACUACACAACCACCACCCAGCCACAGCCACUGCCCGGCCACUGCCACAGUCACCUCCACUGCCCAGCCGACGCUCCAACCCCUCAGGAGAUGCUGCCAGCCACGUCCAAGCUCUGCGCCGCCAUCUCCUACCGCCACCUGCGCAACAUGACUGGUCUGAGGAGACAAGCUGCCGUGGCCAUCAGCCAGGAGCUGAGCAGGCUGGCCAGCCACAGCCCAGGACCCAGCACCUGGAUCCACCAGGUGCGCAGGAGAAGCUCCUUGCUCAGUUCAAGGCUGGAGGAGAAACCCUUCAGUGAGAUGGAAAUGUCUUACAUCAAGCAAGGAGAGGAGGCCCUGCAGAAAUCCCUCAGAAUCCUGGAGGACCAGGAUGACUGGAAGACAGAGACGGUGGCGGGAAACGGGGACAAAGUGCUGAGCAAGGUGCUGCCAGACGUGGGGAAGGUGUUCCGGCUGGAGGUGGUGGUGGACCAGCCCCUGGACACGGUGUACGGAGAGCUGGUGGACAACAUGGAGCAGAUGGGAGACUGGAACCCCAACGUCAAAGAAGUCAGGAUCCUGGAGAAGAUUGGCAAGGACACGGUGAUCACCCACGAGAAGGCGGCCGCGACCCCCGGGAACAUCGUGGGGCCGCGGGACUUUGUGAGCGUGCGCUGCUCCCGGAGACGCGGCUCCACCUGUGUGCUGGCAGGGAUGUCCACCACCUACGGGGCCAUGCCCGAGCAGGAGGGCUUCAUAAGGGCUGAGAAUGGUCCCACCUGCAUGGUCCUGCGCCCGCUGCCAGGCAGCCCCUCCCAGACCAGGCUCACCUGGCUGCUCAGCAUUGACCUCAAGGGGUGGCUGCCCAAGAGCAUCAUCAACCAGGUCCUGUCCCAGACACAGGUGGACUUCGCCAAACACCUGCGGCAGCGCCUGGCCCGGCCGGUGCCUGUGGCCUGCUGACCACCAUGAGCCACUGACCACGGCCUGCUGACCACCAUGAGCCACUGACCACCAUGAGCCACUGACCACGGCCUGCUGACCACCACAACCUGCUGACCAUGUCCUGGCUGACCACCACAGCCUGCUGACCAUGUCCGUGCUGACCAUGACCUGCUGACCACCACAACCUGACCACAGCCUACUGACCACCAUGAGCCACUGACCACCUCCUACUGACCAUGACCUGCUGACCACCCUGUGCAGGGCUUCCUUCAGGAACCAAGUAUGGAAUCGUUGUCACUUCAAUUAGCCAAGGCCUUUAAUAGCAGACUCCACUAAUGAAUACAUACUUACACUCAAUAAAUAGAAUGGUUUAUUUAUUGAAGCUCAUUGUGUAAGUGCAGGACUAAAAAUUUAAUUCCUGCAGUUGCUUAACUGAGCAUGUGCUGGCCCAGUCAGCCAACUCCACCCUCCCUAAUUACUUUCAAUGAAUAAAUAAAGCUUUAAUUAGUGCUGUCUACAAUUAAAGGUCUGGGCUAAUAGCUGACUGGGAAGGUACAUCCUCAGUGAGGCAAACACAAGCCUGACUGAACCUCAACUUUUACUCUCCCAAAGCUUAAACACAGCACUUACUUCACAAUUUUGUUAAGCUCUAAUUUAUUUUUUUCUGUACCAACACAUAAGAAAUGUCAAAUUAUUUAUUCACCCAAAGCUCUGCAAUGACGAUCAUUAGGCCCCAUGUAACUCCUGUGCACAGGAGAUCUUCAGCUCAAAAGAUCUCCAAGUGUAGCUACUUUGAGUUUCAAUGUCAUUUGUAACAAUUUACAAGACAAAAACAAGAAUAAAAAGAAGAGUUAAAGCCUUUAUUUUUAAA